AUGCGGAAGGAAGUCGAGAGACCCUACGCCUUUUUCCCUCUCGUCUCCUUCUUCUCGCGCGCCGCCCGCUCGGGCCUCGUCCAUGCAAACGCCCUCCACCUGCUCGUCAACUUGCGUGGCAUCUCGCAGAUCUUCCCGCUGUGCGAGAAACUCUGCUACGACGCCCUCUUCGGCGCCUACUCCCCCUCUUCUUCUUCCCCCUUCUCUCUUUUCUCCCUGUCGGAGUGUUUUCCGUUUCUCAGCGGACAGGGCGUGGUGUGGAUGCACGCGUGGAAGGAGGCUGGCCGCGAGUCGUGUCUCUCAGCGCUUUCCACCGAGCAGGAAGGAGACGAGAGCGGAGAGCGACGGUGGUGUAGCUGGCGCGAGCGCGGAAAACGUGGCCCGGGGUUUGGCCGAGAAGGUUGGUUGACCCGUCUCGCCGUUCUCGCGCUCUUCUUCUCUGGAACGGUCGCGGGGAACUUUGCCUCGCUUGUGCUGCGUCGCUGGUGGAGUCGCGUCGAGUGGUCAGUGGAGAAGCAGACCCGCGACGAAGCGCAGCAAAGAAGGUUCUGGGGCGGGAAGGUCAGUCGCGAAGAUAUCUGGAGGGAGCAGAUGGAUAUCGCCGAUGCAGAGAAGCCGAGGAAAAACGUCGACGUGUGGGAGCGGCAUCGGCGCCUCGAGAAACUUAGGCGACCUGGCGCGCAAACCGACGGAGAAGACGCUGAAGACGAAGCAGACGCACUCAACCGGGAACGCGAGACAGACCGCUCGUGGUGUGUACGUACACUCGGCUGUAGUGCAGGGCUCUACGCGCUCCUGGGCACGCUAGUCGGCAGCGCCCGAAUCCAUUCCAACGUGAAAAAGAAGGUUUGUGGACAAAUAGUCAGACGCAUCCUCACGGAACUUUUUGCGCCAGUCGGCUCGAGUGGCCUUGACGAACCGGGACACAUCGGCGGAUUCCUCUUUGGAUAUCUGGUCGCGGGCAUCCUCGGCUGGUGA